AUGUUGGGGCUAAACUACACCUCCGUGUCUGAAUUCAUUCUCAUCGGCUUCUCCACCUUCCCUCAGCAUCUCCUGCUCGUCUUCUUCCUUCUGUUCCUGCUGAUGUACCUGUUCACGCUGCUGGGGAACCUGCUCAUCAUGGCCACCGUCUGGAGCGAGCGCAGCCUCCACACCCCCAUGUACGUCUUGCUGUGCGCCCUCUCCAUCUCCGAGAUUCUCUACACCUUUGCCAUCAUCCCGCGCAUGCUGGCCGACCUGCUCUCCACCGACCACUCCAUCUCCUUUGUGGCCUGUGCCAGCCAGAUGUUCUUCUCCUUCACGUUUGGCUUCACCCACUCCUUCCUGCUCACCGUCAUGGGCUACGACCGCUACGUGGCCAUCUGCCACCCCCUGCGCUACAACGUGCUCAUGAGCCCCCGAGGCUGCGCCUGCCUGGUGGCCUGGUCCUGGGCUGGAGGCUUAGUCUUGGGAUUGCUGGUGACAUCUGCCGUUUUCCACCUCCCCUUCUGUGGUCUCAAUGAGGUUCACCAUUUUUUCUGCCAUGUGCCUCCGCUAAUGAAGUUAGCCUGUGGAAAUAAUGUACUGGGAGUGGCCCUGGGCGUGGGCCUAGUCUGUAGCAUGGUCUUGUUGGGUUGCUUUCUCCUCAUCCUGCUCUCUUACGCCUUCAUCGUGGCCACCAUCUUGAGGAUCCCUUCCGUCGAGGGCCGGCACAAAGCCUUCUCCACGUGUGCGUCUCAUCUGACUGUGGUCGUUGUGCACUAUAGCUUCGCCUCUGUCAUCUAUGUCAAGCUCACAGGUCUCCACUCUCAGCAAGGCAACAUCUUGAUAGCCAUCACCUACACGGUCCUCACACCUUUCCUGAGCCCCAUCAUAUUCAGCCUCAGGAAUAAGGAGCUGAAGAACGCUAUGAAGAAGACUUUCCUCAGCAAACUAUCUUUCCAGCGUCUGAGUGGCCUGUGUGGAGGUGGUCAGAAUAUGGUAGAAAGAUGAGCAUACCCUCAUCUGUAAA